UGGCUUCAGUCUUUUCUACAUGUGCAGUCAGUGUUUCAUGAGCUAUAACAUCUCCCCUCCUCUCUCUUUCUAAGUUGCUGGAGCAGGACAGUGAUGGAAUCACUUACGGAACGCGGCUUGAAACCCCCUGAUCAUGUGGUGCUAGACGAUCAUAGAAAUAAGGGUCUCUGUCCUCUAUCCCUUCUCUUAUCUUCCACACUGACUGUGUUGGUCACCAUCGCAGUCAGUGGUGUGGAUGUGUACGUACACACAUGGCAGACAUUACGACAAGAAUGACAUUAUUUUCUACUGUAAUUGGUUUGCGGUAUUAUCAACCAGCAUAGCGUACAAGAGUUCUACUCUCCAAGAAAUGAAUGAACAUAUCAAUGCAGAUGACAAGACUAUAGCUGUGGAUUGUUUAGCUCUCAUCGGCUAUGAAAGUAAUGCCCAUGGUAAACUG